AUGUCGUGGUGGCUGGUCGUGUGGAAUGUCGUGCUAACGGCAGCCAUCAUCACCUCGGCCGUGACCUUCAUCAUCAUACUCGCUCUGCCAACUUCCUACAGCCACUUCUACCCACGCUACUUGACCGAGGAGGCCUUCCCAGAAAAUUGCAAAGAGAACCCUGAGAAGUCCGGCUAUGCCUACUUCAAGAAGCACGUCGACGAAGAUGGGACCGUCAAGAUCGAUGCCAGCGUUCAAAUCGUUGUCCUGGGCGACAUUGGCCGCAGCCCUCGCAUGCAAUAUCAUGCCUUGAGCCUGGCAACACACGGAGGCAAGGUCGACCUUAUCGGCUACGCUGGAUCUGAAGUCCACCCGGACAUCCUCCAAAACUGCCUCAUCAACAUCGUCCCCAUCAAACCCUUCCCUCCGAGACUCCAAACAAACAACCGCCUUCUCUUCCUCCUCCUCGCCCCCAUCAAAGUCCUCUACCAAAUCUGGAGCCUCUACUACGCCCUGGCCUACUGCACCGUCGCCUCCAAAUGGAUGCUCAUCCAAAACCCACCCUCAAUCCCCACCCUCGCCGUCUGCCAGGUCGUCUGCUUCAUCAGAAACACCCGCUUCGUCAUCGACUGGCACAACUUUGGCUACUCGAUCCUCGCCCUCCGCCUGGGCCCCCUCCACCCCCUCGUCAAAAUCUCCGAAUGGUACGAAGGUCUCCUCUCCUCGCACGGCGUCCACGCCCACUUUUGCGUCACCAACGCCAUGCGUCGCGUCCUGAAAGAGAAAUGGGGCAUCGAGAACGCCCUCCCUCUACACGACCGGCCCCCAGAGAUCUUCCAACCCCUCUCUGCAUCAAACCGAAGUGAAGUCCUCCACCGCCUCCCCGGAACAACCAAGUACGCCGACGACAUCCUCUCCGGCCGCUGCCGUCUCCUCGUGAGCUCCACCUCCUGGACUCCGGAUGAAGACUUCUCCGUCCUCCUCGACGCCCUGGUUUCAUACUCCACCACCGUCGAACAGAAACAAUACCUCCCCAACGUCGUCGCCAUCAUCACAGGCCGCGGUCCCCAGAGAGAGCACUACCUGCGCCAAAUCGAAGCCCUCACGAAAGCGGAUAAACUCCAACACGUCAUCGUCACGACGGCGUGGUUGAGUCCGCACGACUACGCCUAUCUGCUUGGCUCGGCGGAUCUGGGCGUGAGUCUGCAUACUUCCUCCUCGGGAGUGGAUCUCCCGAUGAAAGUCGUCGAUAUGUUUGGGACAGGACUGCCUGUGGCGGGGUGGAGUGAUUUUGAAGCUUGGCCGGAACUGGUGCAGGAAGGGAAGAACGGAAGGGGUUUUAAAAGUGUUGAGAGCCUUGCUGACAUCCUCGAGGAGCUGUUCGGUGAAGAUGGAUCGCAGUUGAAGAGUCUACGACAAGGAGCAAUGCAAGAGUGUCAAAGACGGUGGAACGACGAGUGGAUGCCCGUCGCUGGGAAGCUCUUUCAGCUAAAACCAUGA